AUGGGCGGGAUGUUUUCUGAAAAAUCUGAUGUCUAUAGCUUCGGGGUCUUGCUAUUGGAGAUUAUUAGUGGCAAAAAGAAUACCAGCUUCUAUUGCAGUGACCAACAACUAGGCUUCCUAGCUUAUGACAAUGCAGCAGAUAGGCCAACCAUGCCAGAUGUAAUUUCCAUGCUAAGUACCGAGACAGAUUGUCCGCAACCUAACCGGCCUAUAUUUACUGUCCAAAAGUCAGUCUCUGAUUCUCAACCACAGUAUGACAAUAUCUACUCUGGAAAUGAAGCUACCAUAACAUUGAUUCAAGGACGAUAA